AUGGGACUUGGAAUAUCGAUCGUUUGCGUUAUUGCAAUUUUGAAUUUAAUCCAGCGCUACCUGGAAUAUCGAUCCUCACUCGAAACUUCAAAUGUUAGACCCAACGAUAAUAAUAACCCACCGACUGAAAAAAUAAUCACCAAAGGAAGAACCGCAAAACAAUUUCUCUACGUAUUCGGGAACUUACUUUCACAAGGUGGACCUUGUCCAUCGAAAAGAUUGGCCUAUCGACUAGUUGCUGGUGUUUGGAUCCUGGCCGCUUUCUUUUUCGUCCAGGCCUACACAUCAAUCCUUUUCACUUACGUCGUGACGCCAAUCAAUCCUCCUCUGAUCAACUCGAUCUACGACCUAAUUGACAGCAACGAUAUUAAUCUUUUCGUUAGGGAAUCCAGUCUCAUAAAUACUCUAAUAUAUACAGCUAAUGAGACGGGACUUUAUAAGACAUUACAAAAAAGAUUAGACUCCAUCCCGAAUUCUCGAUGCACAUUGCCGUCGGAAUGCAUUCAAUCUGUCAAACCGGGACUAAGAAACGUCUUCUCCGAGUCAACUAAUUACCUGAACGACGAAAUUCGAAAACAUUAUAUGAAGACAGGGAAAUGCACUUGGCAAAUGGCAAAAGAAAAAUUCUUCGGCAUCACGGUAGCGAUGGGCCUACCCAAAAACAGUCCCUACACGCAAACCAUAACCCAAGUGAUACUGGAACUACAAGAAAAUGGGCUGAUCAACUACUGGGAUACCUGGUUCCGACCCAUGCCACCGCAGUGUAACGGAAAACCCCAAAUCAGAAGCAAGAAAACGAAACUUUCGCCUCUUUCUCUCAAAAACUUGACUGGCGCAUUUUUAGUUUUAUUGAUUGGACUUGGCCUUUCAAUUUUGGCUUUCCUCGUCGAAAAAAUAAUUUCCGUACACGAGCGUCUACGCUAG